AUGACUAGGCCUCGUCGGCACUCCGGCGCGAGCGAGGAGAGCUCGGGUACGGCUCGCGAGCAGGAGCUAGGGAGCAUGUACGAUUACCUGGCCAAGAUCAUAUUGCUUGGUCCCAGCGGGACGGGAAAGUCAUGCCUACUACAUCGCUUUGUCAAGAAUGAAUGGCGAGUCUUGUCGUCGCAAACCAUCGGCGUCGAGUUUGCCACCAAAAUUAUCAAAGUCGGUACCGGGUCAAGGCGAAAACGGAUAAAGCUUCAGGUACAUCACUCGUUAUUGCGCAACAACAGAGAGUGGGAUAUUGACGUGACACAGCUUUGGGAUACGGCCGGGACAGAACGAUUCCGAUCAGUCUCCCGUUCCUACUAUCGAGGCGCCGCGGGCGCUAUUCUCGUCUACGACCUCACGUCGCACGCAUCCUUCCGAAACCUACAACCCUUCCUCAAUGACGCUCGAGCCCUAGCAUCCCCAAACCUUAGCCUCAUGCUCGUAGGCAACAAAGUUGACCUUACCGAUACGCUCGUCGAUACAAGUCUUCCACCCCCGACACCGAACAGCGUUACCUCAAACUCAACCCUGACAUCUGGUAUGCUCGGCGGCGGCGGCAGCUCUUACACAAGUACAGCCACAACCAGAGAUCGAGGCGCAUCCAUAAGCGCAGGAAAUCAGCUAAGAGCGACUAUUGCGCCAGAAGGCAGAGAAGUCACAAGAGCUGAGUCCAGUCGAUGGGCCAGCACGGCAGGAAUAUCAGUCGUCACUGAGGCGAGCGCAUUCAACGGCGAGGGCGUUGAUGAGAUAUUCGAAAGGCUAGCAAGGAUAAUCCUCACAAAGAUUGAGCUCGGUGAGAUAGACCCUGACGAUCCGGCAAGCGGCAUCCAGUACGGUGAUAGCGGUGGGUGGAACACAGCCAGUGAUGGAGGCAGUAUUAAGAGUUCCAUGACUGGUGCCACCGUAGACGACGUUCACAACGGACUCAGGAGAAGGCGAAAGAAGAACCGAACUCAAAAUUGGGGACUGCGAGAAUGGGAAGAAGUGUUUACGUUGAGUAGUAGAAGGAGAGGAGGUGGCUGUUGUUAA